GACUUCCCGCUUCAACAACAGAAUCUGUGAUUGUGCGGUCGCUAAGUUUUUGACCAGGUAGUUUUGGUCCACAAUUUUAAGUCGUCAUUCAUUGAAUACAAUUUGCUUUGAGUAGUAAUCUGUUAUAUUUAUCUAUUAUACACGUAAUGUCGUCUUUAUGUAAACCGUUUUCAGUGUCCGAAGCACCGUGUGAUCGCAUUAGUAUGAGACGAAGAUGCUCCCAGCAAUCGCAUCCCGCUACAUUGACCCAGAGUCCAUCCCCCCGUUUGUGUGCUGUGUCUGGCGCGGUGAUGUCGUGUUGUUCCCCGGAAAUCUACACAUGGGGUUCGCCAAAGAGAACGUUAUCAGCUGCGGCGAUCGGGGGGAGAAAGAUAACACAUCCAGGGAAAGCAAUUUUAGCAGGUGGAAUCGCAGGGGGCAUUGAGAUCUGCAUAACAUUCCCCACAGAAUAUGUGAAGACACAGCUGCAGCUGGAUGAAAGAGCCAACCCACCCAGAUACAGGGGAAUAGGACACUGCGUGAGGCUGACAGUUCAGGAUCACGGUCUGCGGGGUCUAUACCGAGGCCUUAGCUCACUGCUGUAUGGGUCCAUUCCAAAAGCUGCUGUCCGGUUUGGCACCUUUGAGCUGCUAAGCAACCCCAUGCGGGAUGCUAAUGGUCGCCUGGACAACACUCGCAGCCUGCUGUGCGGGCUUGGGGCGGGCGUGGCUGAGGCCAUCAUGGUGGUCUGUCCCAUGGAGACCGUCAAGGUGAAGUUCAUUCAUGAUCAGUGUUCCCUGCAGCCACGUUACAGGGGGUUCUUCCAUGGCGUGAGGGAGAUCAUCAAAGCCCAAGGAAUCCGAGGAACUUACCAGGGCUUGACAGCAACAGUGUUGAAACAAGGCUCCAACCAGGCUAUUCGCUUCUAUGUCAUGAACUUGCUCCGCAACUGGUAUAAAGGCGACGACCCCACACGCGAGAUGCACCCCGUGGUGACGGCAGCUUUCGGAGCGACAGCUGGGGCCGCAAGCGUGUUUGGGAACACGCCCCUCGACGUGGUCAAGACCAGGAUGCAGGGGUUGGAGGCUCACAGAUACAGAAACACUGUGGACUGUGCCUUCCAGAUACUGCGCAAUGAGGGGCCACAAGCGUUCUACAAGGGCACAGUCCCACGACUGGGGAGAGUGUGCCUGGACGUGGCCAUAGUGUUCGUCAUCUACGAGGAGGUUGUCAAGAUGCUGAACAACGUCUGGAAGACAGAGUGAAGAAAACACUGAGGGAGAGAGGAGAACGGGAGGGAGAGUGGACGAAGGAGAGAGCGAGAGACAGAGAAGAGAAGGAGAUGUGGGGAGAAUGAUCGGGGAGUGAGGGAAGUGGGUAGGAGGGAGAGGGGAAAGAAGGAUAGGGAGAUGAGAGAGGGAGUGAGAGAAGGACGGGGGCUAGACCGUUAUAGAGGGAAAGUAGCCAUGUUUGUACGCACAACGAUUUAACAAGUUUUUCUAACUCAACAUAGGGAGAUGUGCGAUAGAUUGACGAGCACGGUUUCCUUUUGUGUCUUUUUCAACUUAACCACCCCACACACCAAGUGUCUUCAACUUCACCAGGCUUUUACAAAGUAAUUCAGUAACUGAGCAGUGGGAGUCUACUCCGCUCCACAGAGAAGUACUUAUCAGCACAUGUGCAUAUGAGGUCCGAGAUUAGUGCUAACAGCCACUAAACUCACCCCACCAGACUAAAAACUCUUCAGGGGCACAAUUCUUUGUACCUUUAUGUGAAUGUCAUUUGUCUAUAUGUGGCCACAAGCGUUGAGUAUUUAUAAUCGUUUCACUUUGUUUUCCCCGUAAAAAGGCCUUUGGUGUAAGAAUUCCAUGCAUGACGAGUGCAUCCAUGGCAUUCAUAAACCAGCAAAACUGGGCGCGUCUUAAGCAUGUCUUACGAGUGAAAACCUAGGCUGUUUACUUUGAUAGUGUACCAGUCAGACAGCUGAAGCCAUUAAGCAGCACUGGGCAGCACUUUAUGGCAUUGGUGUUCAGAGGUGUUGGCAAAACUGUUAAUGUUGACAUGAAUUCUAGAUGUUGCUUUUGAUCUAAUGUUGGUUUUUUCCAAGGGCUUGUCCUGUUCUGAAGCCAGUGCAGCUAAACGCAUGAGUGCAAGCUUUUACUGGAAUGUUCUAGAGCUGGGAUGAGUCGUCUCAGCUCGUAUGCUGGCUUCUGGUCUGCCUCUGCUUCCACCUGUUCACUGGAGUUAAUUUGGUUAGUAAGUCAGACACCCUGCUGUUCCAGGUAAACAUCACGUCCUAACUGGAAAGUACAUUUUAAAAGGAAAUUGACUGCGCGACUAUUUCAGCCUGUGGGAUUACUUCUUGGAAUCGCUCCCACGAGUUGAGCGUUCUCUAAUAGCCUAACUGAAAACAGAGGCUCAGAUUGGUAGUUCUUCUCAAAUUAGCUUGUGCACCUGCGAUGACACAGAAGUCUUAUAUACCCAAGCCUGUAAUCAGCACAAAGAGUCAUUUCACUGAUGAAGGCAGUAUGCCAAAACCUUUGAAUGCUUUCAGAACUUGGGCCCUCCAAAGAAUACGACUGCCCAUCCCAGCUUUAGAGAUAAGACCAUCUGAUUCUUUAGAGAGACGAAGGAAACUUCACUCCUCCAAAUAUUCACAGCCUCGUGCAAAGCCUUCAUUGAUGUGGCCUUUAGCAGUCUACCCAACACCUGCACGGGCGUGGCCAGCUCCACCACCUGUUGCCAUUUUACACAAAAUGAAAAAAAAAGUUGACAGUGGCUUUCUAGGAUUGUGUCCUUUGCUUUAUUAACAGUUUUUGUGCAAAAUCUUGUGCAGAAUGCAGUGUGGAUAAAACUUGUCCAGCAACGUCUGGAUCUUGUAACGUAUUUGUGUGCUUCAGUACUGAACAGGGAUGAAAAAAUUCAGAAAAUAUGCGGAUUUCCCCAUUUCAGCACGCAGCACUGUCAGUAAUAAUGACGUUACCAUUAAGUCGCUGUGCUCCAUUAAGUAAAAACCUGUUCACAUGAUUGACAACCCAUGAUUAAAUGUAUUAAAUGCUAAUUUUGUGGAUUGUGAAAAUUUUAAAAAAAAUCUACACAACACGGAGAAUUGGAGUUGUUGCUGAACUCUGAAAUGCAGAAAACUGAAUAUCCGCUGAACUCUUUCGCCUCCUGACUGAAAUGCCCAAUUGUGUUCCGCCAGCAGCCUUACAACAAGUGCAAGCCUCUGAAAUGUAUUCCACAUAUCCUCAUUUUCACCCGGAUCUGAAGUGUACAACUUCAGGACUGAAAUGGCUGAAUAAACUGAAAAACCUGUA